UCCAUUUGUAACUUCCUUAUUAGAUUGACGUUGAUAAAAUUAAAAAUGCAAAUCGAAGAGAAAUUACAAGAUUUUGAUACAACAAAACUAGUUAGUACGCAUCAAGAUGAACUGCCUUGUCAACUUAAAGCGGUAUUAAAGAAGAUAGCUCAUGAAGAAGGUUAUUUAAACUAUAAUAUUCUAAGCAGGUCUAUAUCCACAGAAGGUGGUAACUACAUGGCUAUGCUAUAUGAAGUAGACUUAAAAGGUAGAACCAAUGAAGGAGAAAAAGAAACAAAUAUGUUUAUAAAGCGAGUCAUAUCACAGGAACAUGUAAAAAUAAUCAACCUUUCCGAUAUUUAUUCUAGGGAACUAUUUUUCUAUAAUGAUUUAAGUAAAGUAUUUAAAGAAUUGGAAACAGAAGCUGAUGUACCUUUAGAUGAAAGAUAUAAAUCUGUAAAAUCUUACAAUGAAAGUGAUACGGAGGCAAUAAUAAUGCAAAAUCUUAACAAAGAAGGUUUCACAACGAUAUACAGGAUGAAUGUAAUGCCACUAAAGUUCGCGGAGCUAUCCGUGCAACAAUUAGCAAGAUUUCACGCCUUGAGUUUCAUCAUUGAACAAAAAAGACCGGAAUAUUUUGAAAAGAAAAUAAAAAGCUUAAAACCUUCAAUACAAUAUGGCGAUGAUUAUGUUGAAUUUUGCAAAAAUAUGUACAAAGUAUCAUCAAACCGACUCAGUAAUGAAAUAAAGGAUAAAAUAGAUAAAAAAGCAGACGAAUAUAUGAAAAAUUAUUUGACUGGUCAUAAAACUGAUGUUAAAUGUCUCUGCCAUGGUGAUUACAGAAUGAACAACAUACUAUUGAAAUUAACGGAGGGGGAAAUAACGGAUGUGAUUCCUGUCGAUUACCAACUAAUGUACUACGGAUCGCCAAUUGUAGAUUUCUUAUUCUUCAUAUUUGGUGCUACAGACAAAGAAUUCCGUAGAAAUCAUUUCGUUCAUCUAAAGGAUAUGUAUCACGAAACGAUGGAACAGUACCUUAAGUAUUUUGACAUUGAUAUAGACAUAGUGUACCCAAAGAAGAAAUUCGAAAUGGAUUUCGAAGAUAAUUUGGAGUUUGGUUUAGAAUUAAAUUUGUAUAUCGCACCUAUUAUAUUUACUUUAGAAGAUGAUGUACCAGAUUUUGAUAAGGUUGAUUUAUUAGAAGUAAAGGUUAAGUUAGACGACAGAUACUAUGAAAGACUGCAAGGAGUUGUUGACGAUAUGAUUGAGUGGGGUAAAUUGUAAAAUAAAUCUGAUAAGUAAUAAAGAUAUUA